UGACGACCUCUCGGGCUGGGACACCGAGUUCUAGAGGGCGCCAGGGCUGGGACGCCGAGUUCUAGAGGGCGCCACGGCAUGAAGGCUGGGACGCCAAGCUCUAGAGGGCGCCACGGCAUGAGGGCUGAGACACCGCGCUCUAGAUGGCGCCACGUGACGUCUCCUCGCCGCAGAGCGAAAAUGGCUAGGAGGCUAUGUUCUAGAGGGCGCCACAUCACGGAGGCUGGGUCGCUGAGCUGUAGGGGGCACCACAUGAUGUAUCCUUGCUGGGGAGGGAAGACUCCGCGAAGGCUGGGACGUCCAGUGAUAGAGGUCGCCACAUGCACGGGAUACGAACGUCAGGAACAGCUGCGGCGUGAAGAUGCUGAUGGAGCUGUCGUCGUGGAGACGUGCGUCGCGUCCGUCGUCGUGGAGACGUGCGUCGCGUCCGUCGUCGUGGAGACGUGCGUCGCGCCCGUCGUCGUGGAGACGUGCGUCGCGCCCGUCGUCGUGGAGACGUGCGUCACGUCCGUCGUCGUGGAGACGUGUGUCGCGCCCGUCGUCGUGGAGACGUGCGUUGCGCCCGUCGUCGUGGACAUGAUGGCUGUGGCAGCCACUUGUUUCUAGAAAAACUUGUAAAUAUUAC